CAAAAAUUGAGGUUAUAUUUUAUUAACCGCACUUUUCUGUGAUACGUUGUGUUUAUUUAUAAACGUGUUGUCAAAGAUGUCACCUAAAAAGCCGCUGGUAUUUAACAUUAUUUCAGAAUGUAAAACCUCAAUGGCUCGUGUUGGUAUAAUGGAGUUACCCCAUAGGGCUGUGGAUACCCCAGUUUUUAUGCCGGUAGGAACUCAGGGGACAUUAAAGGGGUUAUUGCCUGAACAAUUGGAGAAUUUGGGACUGCAAAUAAUGCUGGCAAACACUUAUCAUUUAGGCACAAAACCAGGUGCCAAAAUACUUAAAAAAGCCGGUGGUUUGCACAAGUUUAUGAACUGGAAAGGAGCUUUACUGACAGAUUCUGGAGGAUUUCAAAUGGUUUCCCUGCUGAAAUUGGCUGAAAUCACUGAAGAGGGAGUAAAAUUUCAAUCUUUAAAUGAGCAGAAAGCUGAGGUUAUGUUGACCCCCGAACAUUCCAUUGAAAUUCAAAAUGCUAUUGGUGCUGACAUUAUAAUGCAGCUUGAUGAUGUGGUUGCAACCACAGUGCCUGAUAAGGAUAGAAUAGAAGAAUCUGUACACAGAACCUCAAGAUGGUUGGAUCGAUGUUUAAAGGCCCAUCAGCGGCCAGAUGAUCAAAAUAUAUUUUCAAUAGUGCAAGGUACACUGUUUAAUGACUUGAGAACCCAAAGUAUUCAUGAUCUUAUUAAAAGAAAUGUGAAUGGAUAUGCUAUUGGUGGAUUAAGUGGUGGGGAAAGCAAAGAUGAUUUUUGGAAAAUGGUAAUUUUAUCGACAAGCAUAUUACCUAAAAAUAAACCUAGGUAUUUAAUGGGUGUAGGAUUUGCCAUAGAUUUAGUAGUCUGCAGUGCUUUAGGGGUUGAUAUGUUUGACUGUGUUUUCCCCACAAGAACUGCGAGGUUUGGAUGUGCCCUUACAAUGACUGGCCAACUGCAACUAAAAAAAGCAAAAUAUAAAUUCGAUUUUAAUCCUAUUGAUAAAGAUUGUACCUGUGUUAUUUGCAAAACUUAUACAAGAGCAUAUUUGCAUGGAAUUGCUGCUAGAACACCAGUUGCUUGCAGUCUUUUGAGUGAACAUAAUAUUGCAUUUCAAUUGAGGCUCAUGAAAUGUAUUAGGGAUAGUAUAAAGGAGAAUAAGUUUCCCCAAUUUGUUGCAGAGUUUAUGUUGGGUGUGUAUCCAGAUAAAGAUUAUCCUACUUGGAUUAGGGAUUCUUUAGCUGCUGUCAAUAUAUCUUUAUUAUGAGGUUUGGUAUGAAAACAGGAGCAUAUUUGGGGUUUUUAUUAUGUUAUAUUUUAUAUACAAUACAUAGGUCUGUGAAAUCAAAAUUUUUAUAUUGUGG